AUGGAGUCCCAAUUGUCCACAAUUGACCUCUUAAUGGCAAUGUUUCCAUCUCCGGGGGAGCUAGAAAUCCCAGAAUCCACGACGCAAUGCGUUGAGAGACUCCGAAAUUGGUGUGAGGAUCCAACCACUACGCCGUCCAAGGUUCCGUCAAGCCUAUCUCUCACCGUCUGUCUACCAAUUGCAGACGGAGACAAAACAAUCCAAGUCAACAUCUCUGUGCCAGUGCAAUGCGAGAAUCCGGAGACUCUUGACCAGACGCCGUCAUUGGGCUACUCGCUUCGACAGCCAGAGUGGAUGUCCAGAGCCGAGGUCGCUGAACUCACUGCCUCAAUACCGCAAGGCGAUGAUGCUUUAGAGGCAUUCGAAUAUAUUCAAGCAGAAGCCAGCCGCUUUCUUGAAAGAAAGCAGUCUCAAGACGUGACUCCAGAGGUCACUAGUAAAGGACCAAUUGUGCGAGUCUGGUUUUAUUUCCCAUCCCUGUCAACCCGUAAGAAGAGGGAUGAUAUGGUCAAUCUCGCACCGGGGUAUGGGUUAACGGGCUUUGUGCUGGCGGGCAAGCCGGGUGUCUUAUGUCUGGAGGGUGCGUCGCCAGAUAUCGAUUCAUAUAUGAGUUUCAUCAAAACACACUCAUGGGGUGAUAUUCCUAGUCAUCAGAAAAAAGUUAGUGAGAGAUUUCGAGAGACAGAGGAUGUCCAGAGAGUGUUUCCGGGGAUGGAGGAAAUUACCGAUUCGCUUGGAGAGCGAGGUGGCCAGCGGGCUAAUCGGGGUGAUAUGCAGGCACUUGAGGCGUGGUUGGGCAAUAAAGGUCUACAAGAAGCCUUUGAAAAAGUGAUCUUCUAG